AUGACUGCAAUAUUCGUCAGGCGUUGUGAAAGUCUCUUGGAUACCACAUCACUCGGUAGUGAGGGAAGUCCAGCCUCUACCUGUGAAGACAGCUGGGGAACAGAUGCUGGAUGUAACCAGUUCAACGUUAUUUCGGAGAACGAUUCGCCCACAUUUCUGGAGUUGGAGAACAUAAGAAAUGAUGAAGGAGAUUGGUUGGAGAAGUGGAUGGAUUUAAAUGGCGUUUUUGACCCAAAUGUUGAAGUUUCUUGCUCUGAUAUUGAAGUAUCUUUUUGUCCAUCACGUGAGGUCGUUGUUCGUGCUGAUGACUGUGGAGAUAUUUCACAAAGUUCUGUCGGGAUCUCGGAAGCAGGCCAACGAAAGGUUUCAGUAAAAUUUCAAGCUUUUCAAGAGGGUGUAUAUCUGCCUACAGAUUUGGAGGUCCCGGAUGGAAGAACGACGAUUCACUUUGUCGGGGACGAAGGCAUGAAAGAUUGGAAUAUUGAGAACGUAGACUGCAAAAUGAAGCCUUCAAAAGUUCCGAAAGUUGUGGCUGUUUCGCCAGUUACACUUAAGGAUGCGAAGGCAGCGGGCAGUGCGAAGCUUUUCACAAUGAUGGAAAGGAAGCGUGAGCAGAACCGUUCAGCAGCUGUUCGAUAUAGAGAGAAAAGAAGAGAGGAAGCAAAGAGAAAGAAAGAGGAGCUACGAGAAUUGGAACUUAGAAAUGUUGCUCUGAAGACGGAAGCCUCUGGCUUAACUACGGAAAUAUGUUAUUAA